GCCGGAAGUUUGGGAAUCUAUAAUGGUAGUAUUUCAAGUGGAAACCAAAUAAUGUUUCGAUUAUUGGAGUGUUUCAAUUAACGCUAUAUGAAACUUUAUAUCUUAAGGUAAAAUUACAUAAUCAUGGUAUUGAAAACUUGAUAAACAAAUGUCUUCGAUACCUUCAUAAUUCUGAUACCAGGAAGUGAGAAUACAGCCUAAUCAGAUAAUGAUUAGUCAGCUAAGUAAAUAUAUGGAACAUGUAUUUUCGAUCUUUUUAAUAUAAGAAAGGAAGUUAAGAUAUAAUGUUACCUGGUUCAAUCACAUAAAUUUUAUCUGACGGGAGAUAUAAAAUAAAAGACGAUGAUCAACUCUGAUAAAAAUCAUAUGUCAUGAUCUCAAGGCACAUGUUCCUACAUAGAAAUGCGGACAUUUGUAGUUUUCUUGGUAAUUUCUAAACUAAGUGGAAGUUACGGCUUUGUUGAAUUCUAUCCUUAUGGGUUACCUGUUGAUGACAAAUCUGUUGAAAAAAAUGACGAUGGCAGUUCUCCUGAAAUUCCUAUCUCAACGUUGUUUCCAUUCUUUAACCACCAACAUGGCCACCUAAUCGUUAACACAAACGGUGUCAUCUCCUUUCUGAAGACAGUUUCUACGUUCACACCAGAUCCUUUCCCUCUAGAUGGAGACAGGCGGUUGGUUGCCAUUUUCUGGGCAGACGUCGAUACAAAUAAUGGAGGAACUGUGUGGUAUCGCGAAUCUACCAACCAAACAAUACUUAACAGAGCAACAGAGGAAGUUCGGACGUAUUUUCCACAGUUUUUCCGCUUUCAAGCUACCUGGGUUUUCAUUGCAACUUGGGAUAAUGUUGCCUUCUAUGGAUGUUCACCGUGUACCAAGAGAAAUACAUUUCAAGAGAUCCUAAUAACAAAUGGCCAGCAUUCAUUCACUGUUUUCAAUUACAAACAAGUUGAGUGGACGACAGGGACUGCAAGCGGAGGGGACAGCGAAACUGGUCUUGGAGGAACACCUGCUCAGGUUGGUUUUAAUGCGGGAGACGGAAAAGUAUAUUUUGCAGUGAAUGCUUCUAGAACAGGUGAAAUAGUGAAGAUUAAUCACAUGUCCAACAUAGGAAUCCCAGGCAAAUUCGCAUUCCGCAUUGAUGACCAAGAGAUUGGAAAGGGCGGAUGCAACACGGAAGGUACUCUGACGAUAUCACCACGGUACGGUCCAAUGCUCGGAGGACAAUACCUUGUAAUUGGCGGACCAUGUAUAAACCCUGAUGACGUCAUCCAGAUAGCGUUCCUACCUAUGACAACCCUUUUUCCAUGCCAACGAAGAUCAAAUUACAGCGUCAUAUGUAUUACACCCAUUUUCAACAUAACCGGUGAUGUCACGGUCAACGUCACUAUCAAAGACAACAAUGGCAAUGUUCAACAUCACACUGGGCUAUACACAAUUGUGAAUCCUGCUACAUUUAAAAACCCUGUUAGAAGACACCAACCUCACACCUGGAUCAAUGGAGAACAAUACAGUAUUUCUUGGGAUCAACAUGCGUUUGAAUUGAAAGAUUCAGACACAAUUCACAUACACCUAUUUACAAUGAAGGAAUAUGCCUACAAUCAUCUCGUUUGGGAAAAGUCUGUAAUACAAAGCAACAUCAGGAAAACCCUCGGAACAGACGCUAUUCAUCUCCAGACUGAGGGAUACAUGGCGGCCAUUCGUGUCACUGCCGAGUUAGAAACGGAAUUUGAACUACUAGAGAGGGGCAUUUGGUCGGAUAUUUUUGCAGUAGUUCCAAUGCAACAAAAAUCAAAGCAGUUCUGUUUUUCCUGGAUUAGACAAGAAGUUCGCCUUCCUGAGGUAUCUUCGCGGGAUACACCACCGUGCCCGUGCACACUGCAACAGGCAUUGAUGGACACAGCAAGAUAUCAACCUGAUCCAGAUUGCAAUGUGGUUACAAAAACCAGCGAUGAUGAAUUCAAUUGCCAGUACAGAAAUGAUGCCCAGCAUUGUGUUAGGCUCAGCAUACCUGGACCACUGGACAGUGACAAUGUUUGUUGUUAUGACAAAAAUGCCAAUUUGAUUGAUUCCCGAGUAAAGGAAGGCGGAACUCUGCAGCGCUACCACUAUUUGGGAGGGAUGGGUAAUGUACCGUACGUGACGAAUUUCUAUUACGACAUUCUUCCGUUCCUACACUGCUGUCGAUACUUUGGAACCAGUAUAGAUAACGGACAGAGAGGAAUAGCGACUUACUCCGAAUGCCAGGAUUACCUCAAAUUCAGAAAUGUCAGUUCAUGCUAUAACUACAUUCCACCCCGACCAGCUGGGGCUAAUGGCGACCCUCACAUCAAAACAUUGGAUGGGCUUGGUUACAACUUUAACGGACUUGGGGAGUUCUUUUUCAUGCUAUCCAAAAAUGCGUCAUUCGAGAGUCAGAUGAGGUUUGAGCAGGCUAAGAACAGUGACGGUAUUGCAGUUCAAGCCUCCGUUUGUACGUCUUUUGUUGCUCGCGUGACCAACACGACAGACACAGUAGAGGUCCGCCUCAAUUCUAUCCGGAUGGCUGAUGUACUUAUCAACGGUCAAAUCCAGGAUUUGAGUGAAGUAUCCUGGUUACGAUACAAUGGAGUAUCAGUCAUUCAUUUUCCUACAACCUCUGGAAAUUCCACCGGUAGAGAAAUAUUCGUGAUGUUUGUCAACCUGGGCAUCUCCUUUAGGAUGUUGAUCAACGAUGACGUCAUAAACGUUAUGCCAGUCAUCGGCAACGAAUCGUUGAAAGGCAUGGUAAGUGGUCUUCUUGGAAACUAUGACGGAAAUCCAUCCAACGAUCUGAUUUUACCAAAUGGGACUGUUUUAGAACCCGACGCACUGGAAGAAACCAUUUUCCAAAAUUAUAAUUACGCAUGGAGAAUUUCAUAUACAAACACGUUGUUUACUUAUCCCGCGGGCAAAACAUACGCAGAUUAUAAUAGUAAUGGACAUGCAAACUUCCGUCCUCUAUUUUUGUCAUCUGUCGCUAGUUCUGCUACACCAGAGGCUAAGGAACUGUGUGGAAACAACACUGACUGCUUGUUUGACUUUCAUGUAACGAGGUCCAGGAAAAUUGCCCAGAAUACUCUUUAUUUCUUCGAAGAGUUAGAGGAUGCAGAAGAUGCUUCUGUACCGGUCAAAACCUGUCCAGUGCUUCAAUCCACACAAGGAGGAGUAUGGAUUUCCAAUAGUACGCAGGAGAAUGCAGUAGCUAGUUUUGCAUGCGGUAUGGACUACGAAGAGGGGGCUCAUUGUCUACGAAAGACGUGUAGAGGCGGGACAUGGAGCCCUUCUCAGCAGUGUGAAUGUGAGAAAAUUACCACAACGAUGUCAUCUUCCGUACAAAUAACGCAUUCCACAACGACUACAUUAACAGACAACUCUGCGUUACUCAAGUCGAUAUCCGGCGCGGUUCAGAUGAUGUGGCUCACCGUAGGAGGAGGUGUUGCUAUCAUCAUGAUCGUUGUCCUCGUUACUGCAUGUGUAAUCUGCUCCAAGAUGAGGUCCCAUGGGAAGGUUGUAAGAAGCAGUAGGACUGAAUCUUCCUCUGAUAGCUCCUCUGGAUACCGGGGGGUCACUGGAAGAUCAGCAAAAUCACCCGGGAGUUUCCACACAGAGGCGACACAUGUGUACUCUUAUUUUCCGGAAGGAAGUAAUUACAGCCUUCCUCGUUACUGCGUGGAUGGCAAAAGAACAUCGGGAUACUCUGAAUACGGUCACAGACACAUAGAGUUUCCGAGGGGAAACUCUAGUCGUUCUGAUCUAGAAGCUCCGAGGGGAGACUAUAGGCGUUCUGAUCUAGAGGCUCCGAGGGGAGACUUUAGGCGUUCUGAUCUAGAGGCUCCGAGGGGAGGUUAUAGACGUCCUGAUAUCCUAUACUAACAAGAAAUAGAAAGCUGAAACACUCAUCUGAAGUCAACAGAUGAGCAGAUUAUUCUUACAUGUACAUUUACAUAUUCUUUGAAGUAAAAAAUAUAUAGAUGUUGAUUAAUAAUUAAUUGUCAUUAAGUAAUUUUGAUUACAUAUUUUGAUCAACAUUCAAUACGUAACUUUUGAUUUUAAUAUUCUAUGCAUAUAUAUUUGCUUUGGAUGUAUGACGUGAUUCUAAGUCAACAUAAGCGAUGGAAUAUAUUACAAAAGAAAAUGGAGAAUAAAUCGAUGUAAAUUAAA